AUGGAACCCAAACUACAUCCCGCUCUCACCGUCUCCAACAUUAAAACUCACGUUCCAAUUAUCCUGGAAAAAGAUUCAACCCAUUACACAACUUGGAAGACCCUCUUCAAAGUCCAUUGUCAGAUAUAUGAGGUUCUUGAUCACCUUGCUGCUAAGCCGGAUGUCGCCUCUUCUUCUACUACAACUGACUCUGCCGACUCGGCUAAAGACAAGGGAGCCGCUGCUAUUGCUGAGACCCUUUGGAAGCAACUGGACGCCGUUGUGCUCCAGUGGAUCUAUGCCACCAUCUCUACGCCGCUACUGCACACCAUCCUUCAACCGGGUCAGACUGCUCAUGAAGCCUGGCUUGCUGUUGAAAGCGAGUUCAAUGACAAUAAAAACACGCGGACUAUAUUUCUUGGUCAGGAAUUCGCCAACUUAUGUCUUGAGAAUUUUUCCUCCAUGGCGGAAUACUGUCAAUACGCCAAACACAUCUGGCUGACCAACAUCAAAGUUCUGGCUCUCCGGUUGAUGACCGGAUGUUAG